GAUGCAAUUCUCAUCCCAGUCCUCACCAUCAGACCAGGGGCUUGUUCGCCAUUGGCCCCGUUCAUUGGACCGGCAACGCACGGCGCGCUAUAACACCAUGCUUUCCUUUGCCAGACCCAGCGGAGCUCUCUCACUAGCGCGUAUCACUUGCGCAACGAGCAGGAGACUCAGCCCAGACACACUUCAGCCCAGCGCAGAGAGCCGAGACUGAGGAAGAGGAAAGAGCAGCUCUCUUUGCCGUUCCACGGAAGAGGAGAGAACGGGAUAACGCAUUGCUGGAGGCUAGUACAAGAAGCUGAGGCACGUCAGAAAAAGCUCACAAAGUGACUGUAACAGAACGAGCGAUGAGAAUUGACUGAUGUUUGAGGAUCCGAGAGGAUGAGGGAACACGCUCACUCCGUUCCUGACUGAGGGAAAGUGAGCUUGUGCCGUUCAUCUGAGACAGAGAAACAAAAGAAAAGGCUUGUUCGGUGGACUUGUUUUGCUCUCUGUCGGCUGGACUCUGUGCAUGGAAGCUUCAGGUUCCCCAUGGCGUGUUACUACAUUGUCAUCAGCUCCACACACCUCAGCAAUGGACACUUUCGAAACAUCAAGGGAGUUUUCCGAGGUCCCCUCUGCAAGAACGGCAACAAAAACUUGGAUUAUGCUGAGAAGGAGAAAACCUUGGCCAAAGCCCUGGAGGACCUCAAGGCCAACUUCUACUGUCAGCUGUGUGACAAACAGUAUUACAAGCAUCAAGAGUUUGACAACCACAUCAACUCGUAUGACCACGCUCACAAGCAGAGGCUGAAGGAACUGAAGCAGAGAGAGUUUGCCCGCAAUGUGGCCUCCAAAUCCAGAAAGGACGAGAGAAAACAGGAGAGAGCUCUCAGACGCCUACAUGAGCUUGCUGAACAACGCAGAGAGGUGCAAUGUGCCCCAGGAAGUGGUCCUAUGUUCAAGUCUACCACUGUGGCCGUGGAAGGUUCUUUCAGGGAGUCCUGCUGUGAUGAUGCCCAAGAAGAGAACCAAAGCUGUGCAGCUCAAGAUCCAGGGGGUCAGAUCCAUUCCAGCGGUUGUGGCUUAGCUAGUAAGCAGUCACAAUGGCCUUACAAUGGGAGGGCCAAAAAGCAAACUUUCAGACGCAAAAUUGCAUUCUCUUUUUCCUUUCCAAAGAAAGCAUCUGUUAAGCUUGAGUCAUCAGCAGCGGUUUUCUGUGAAAGCAUGGAAGAGGGAUCGAUGGAGCGCAGCCGCAGACAAAGACUCAGAGCACCCCCUGUCGAGCUUGACCUCCCCGGCUCCCCCACAGAGGAAAAAGUACUAAAUUGUGAGGAGGCAAUUUACAGCACUGGCACACAGCAGGGCAAGCACUUCCAAAAAAGUGACAGCGCUGGAAGUCAAGGGUCAUCAGAUACGCCUGUGGCGAGGGAGAGCCCCUCAUCAACGGCCUCAGAUUUGUGUGCUUUGCUCGUUUACUCAGAGGAUGUGCCCAGUCCGGCUGUCUCUCUCUUAAACACUUCCCCUUUUCAUUUAAACAGGGCUGAUAUUGUUCUUGACUCUGAGGACUCUGUUGAGAGUCUGAAAAGCAGCAUUGCUGAAAGUAAAUCUGAGACCUCUGAGGAUGUGGCAGUAGAGGAGAGCGGCAUCACAGAGGAGGGGCACUUGACCAUCAGUGAGCCUCCAGAAAUUUUUUUUUCAGAUGUGCUACCUAAGAACGAUUGCCCUCAACAACAAGAGCAAGCGGAAGAUACAAUUGCAAAGACAACUCACCAGUUCACAAAGCCCAGCCAGCCUUUUUUCUCUGUCCUAAGCAGGGACGGUAACACCAUCUUCCAGUGGCCCUCUGAGAUGGUGACCUUCACAAGGACAGAGCCGUCCCUGUCUUUCAGUUGUAACCCCCUCCAUUUUGACUUCAAGAGGUCACGGAUUAGAAGGUCUGCUGACACUCAGGAGAUGACUGAGCCCAAAACUGAUGAGGAAUUAUCUGUCUGCUCAGGUUUCAAAUCCUGCCACUCUGACAAGCACAUUGAGGAAUCCACAGCCAGCCCCAGAAGCAGUCCCAGCCAAGGACCUGAAGGCAAGGUCAGAAAGUGUUAUCAGUAUUCAAGUGACACAGAGAGUUGUGUCAGGCUGAAAACACAAGACAGGUGUAGACAUUCCAAAGAUUGGAUCCAUACAAGUAAGAGGGCAGAAGAAAAAAUGCGGGCCAGAGACCGACGUCAUUACAGGAGCCACUGCAAAAGGAAGCGGAGGAGGCGGAAGAGGAGGAGAGACGGACACCGGGAGACAGAGAGCAAUAUGGUGAAAUCUAAGAAAUUCCACAGACGACCUGAGUGUGUGGAAGGACUUGAUAGCCAAUUUAGAGGCACCACUUCACAGCAAGUGCAUCCAUUAGAGAAGUCAAAGCAAUCAGCUCAAAAUCAGGCUGAGGACAGCAGCGUAGCUCCCAUAGUUGAGGAAGGGGUGGGAGGCAGAAGGCAGGAGGCAGCAGCCGACGUAAACGGCUCAGCGGGCUGCAUCAUUCUCUCUGAUGAGUUCUGUGCCGACAGUGGAAAGGUGCUUGGAAACAGCAGGGAAAAGCCUGACAAUCCAGCUGCAGGGGAGCUAACAGCCACAGGACGGUGUUCCCACAGCCAGGAUGCAUCUUACUCUCAGAGAUCCAGUGCAGUUGAAGGGUGCCGAGAAGAGACAUCGCCGUUACCAGAGACUGGACCAUGUGAAGGACAAACUUCGAAAAGAAGGCAUAAAGAUUGUCUAAGCGAUGGAGAUGAGUCUUACAACCCCUGUCAAUCCCCGGCAGAGAUUUCUGAUGGGUGCACAGAACUUACCUGUUGUGAGCUCGAGACUAGAAGGAAAAGACCGAAGCGGUCACAUGUCCAAGAUCAAACCACAUGCCUUGCAAAUAAAUGCCCCAUUGUUACGAACAGUAUUUUGAAAGAACAGGACAAGGCUGCAGAGGAGUCGAGCAUGAAAUGCCUUGUUUUAAAAGGCGCGUGUGACAGCUCGAACGGGUCAGACCAAAUCUCAUGCAGUAUUGAUGAUGGAGAGAGCGGUGCGGUUGAUUCUCAGACAUUUACUUCCAUUAGCAAUGCCCUGGGUCAUACUGUGGAGGAGAGCAGUGACUGGCAGCGAAGCUCCUCCUCUCAGAUCAAUGCUUCAUGCACCAAGGGCAGUCUAACUCUACAGGAGACAGAUUCAAAGCCCUCCAAGGAGCCAACAAAGGAGAAUAGUAACAUCCACAGUAGCGAGUCUAAAGCAGCACAAACCCCCUUAAAGAACUGUAACAAGUAUUCAGUGGCUGCUCAGGCCUGCCUGCUCGAUGUAAGAGAUUUAGCCCUGCAAAGGACUGAAAAAGCCACUCAUGACAAAUCAUGUCAGCACAGCCUUCAGACCCCACCGCAGAGAUUUCACCUAGGCAUUCAGGCUGAGGAGAAGUUAAGCAGAGAGUGCUUCCACACCACCAGCAGCCUGUUCCAGCCCACUCCAUCUUUCCAGGCCCCCUCAGACAGCAUGGAGAGACGCUGCCUCUUGCAGAUCCAGAGCCACGGACAGGUGCUACACCAGCAGGUGUUCCCCACCAAGCUCAAAUCUGUCCUGCCCAGGCCACAUCUGCCCAUGUCAUCUGCUGUCCUCCAUCCAGUUCACCUGCCAUCCUCUGUGCCUUCUGGCUCCAUCACAAUACGUCACACCAUACUACAGCACCAUGCCACUUUCCUGCCCCCACAACCCCCUAUCUUCCCCCAGGUAGUGCCUGUUUCACGACUCCCCCUGGGGCCGGAGAUCUGUCCGCCCGCAGGACCUCCGUUUGUGACCCCUCCGCAGGUAUCGGUGGUGGCUCCCCCUAGCAUUCACCCGAUGACUGUGACGUUUCAUGCCUUGCCGCGCCCUGCAGUGUUUCCGCCCAUGUUGCCCCCGCAUUCUGCUGUCAUUCCCCUGCAGCCUCUCUUCUAGCGCUACAGGUAUUUCUGUAUGUAACACAGUGUAUUUUAUACUGCAGUAGUGAGAGAAACAUCUGCAGCGCUGCUCCCUUAGUUAGAAUUUUGAGGUAGAAAGUAGUCCUUGGGUAACAUACAAAAAAGUAUGUUUUUGCCACUUGGAAAGGAUACCGUUUCUGUGCCAUGUUGUCAGUAGAGAUUCUUGCAGAAAAGAGUUGCACAACACUUUUAUUAGAAAAUAUAUAACUCACCUACCUGAUUAAUUCUGAUAUUUUUAUUAGGAUUAGGAUUUGUUGUUAAGAAGAUUUUAACAGAUUUGAAUCACCUCAAAGAGAGUAGUUUUAUCCAAUCAAGGGCAGCAUGGUCAUGGUCAAGAAAGAAUAUAUACACAGACAAAAUAGAAUAUAAGAUGGUUGCUAUUUGCAAUCUGUAGUGAUAGGAAGUCCUAAAGGGUCAAAGUAAACUUGCUGAGAAUUUAUGUAAUACAGGCAUUCAUCAUGUUUGACAGCAUUUAAAAUGAAUCACACUAGCACUACUGUACGAUAAUAAUUACUUUAAAUAUAAUGUUGCUGUGCCUGUUAAAGGCUAGCGGAAUGCAGCAAAAUAGCGCUAUGCACCAUGUGCUAUGACAGCACCAUGUUGAACACAUUCAUAGUGCUCAUUUAUAUGAGUAGUUUUUAUGCAAAUCAAAAAGCCCAUAGCAUGUAAUGGGGAACCUGAAUGCGACUGUGAAAGCUGAACUGAUACGGGCAAAUUAUAUUUCUUAUUUUGUUAAUUAUGAGUAGUGUCAACCACAGCGCAGCAAAUAAACAGAAUGACACUUAAGUUCAAACUACAGAAUGUGUCGUGCGUGGUUUAAUAUGUACUUCAAAUUGUACAUCUUACAUGCUGUUGCCUACAAUGUUUGAAAAGAAGCACAAAAAUGACCAAGUGCAAAUCCAUGCGUGGAUGUUUCCUGUAUCCCUCACAUUAUAACCUGCUUGAAUUAGGAGGACAUACAGUAGGCUAGAUCUAUCUGAAGACAUCUGUAGGACAUAUAGUACCCUGACCUAUAACAGUUAUUUAGGGUGUUUUAUUUUUCAUGAGAUUUUUAUCCUGUUCGAAAAUCUAAAUGGUUUACAUAACCUAGAAUGAAUCCAGUGGCCUGUCAUGUGUAGUAAAAUUUAACACUGACAAUGUUUUAAAAUAAGUACUUACAACUAAAUCAAUUCUGCUUCUAAAUUCAUUAAUAUUAUUGGUCUGAUUUACAUAUUACACAUGGAAAAAACAUUACAAGCCUUGGUAAUGAAAUGCUGGUAAUAUGAUUAAUUCUAACAAAUAUUAGCUGGAAUUUAUUGAAAUCCUGCUUUGGGGUAACUCCAAAACAGAAGUAUGGUUUUGUUAGCAAAGGAUUCAAUUUCUUCUGCUUGCAUCAGAUGAAAGAGGCUAAACUCAAGAGAAGGAUUCAUUUACUUAUUUAAAAUACUAACUACUAAGAUACUUGAAUCCAAAAGCAAUUCUAGCUAGUUAGAGAAGAACAUAAGUAAUUCUCACUCUUUUGAAUUUUUACAAUCCUUUCAUUUUCAAAGGAAAUGUGUUAAACUGGAAUUAAUGACUUAGCUUUAUUGAUUUUACAAAUAGCCAUAUGGAAGGUAGACUGUACUUCUUGAAAAUUAUGCUACCAUAUGUUUUUAAGCAUCUUUUUAUUUAAAACAGAAGAAUUAUCAAAUACAAAGCUGUACGGCUCCACAGUGAUAUUGCAUCACUGCUAGUGAACAAGUAUCGGAAAUCAAGAUUUCAAAUAAUAACUAUAAUACAUAUGAACUGUAUUCAGUUCUCAAUGAUUAAAACCAGAUCCAGUCUGGAAGUAAAACAAAUAAAUAAAUCUAUUAUUUUGAAGUAGAUAGAUCAAAUUACAAAUGUCCCAUUACACCAGAACUACAUUCACGUGCAGUCUUUUUUUUCUGAAUAUACUAAAAGCAUGUAAUUUCAUUACAAUUGCAUAUGCAUUGAAAUGAGGUGGUAUAUGAAAACAAAAGACAAAAAAGUGACACGGAGCCAUUUAGAAAGAGAGAAUGGUGUUUUUGUGAAGCCCUGAAUACCGCCAGAUUGCCCCUUCUUAGUUUAUGCAGAUUCUUGAACCCUAAACGCAUAGAAAAUUGUGUAAACGCACAAUGUUACUGUUUUUUAUGUUUGUUUGUUUUUCCCCGCAGUCGAAAAAAACAUGCUUUGGAAAAUUGUAUAUGCUGUAAAUCAGUACUAUUUAUAAAUCAUGUAAUAUGUAAUGUACAUGUACAUAUGUUUUAUGUUUUUAUUGUGCCAGGUACUCUGUAUGUAUGAAUUAUUUAGAUAAGAUAAAACAACUAUGUUUUUUACGCCACUUUGCCAACUGAAUGAUGCCGAAGUACUAUGUAAUAAAACAAAGAAACGAG